UUACAAAAAUGUCAAUACAUUUAUCGGUAAUUCAGUCCACACCGACCGGCGCGGUUGGAGUGACGGAACACACUCGCUAGAAAAAGUUAUUCACAUUUUUUUUUAGUUUUUUUUAAGUACGUAAUUUGUUAUUAAUCUGCGAUGUACUCGGACGCGGAGCUGAGCGCGCCCGCGCGGGACAAGAACAAGUUCGAGGCGUCCAUCAGCGAGCUCAAGAAGAAGACCUUCGUCUCCGUGCAGGACGUACAGAACUAUGAGGAUUGCGGCGUGUCGGAGGCGUACCGCGCGGCGCACGCGCGCUCGCUGGCGGACCCGGAGGGGUUCUGGGGGGAGGUGGGGGGGGAGCUGGAGUGGACGCGGCCCUGGGACCGCGUGCUCGACGACUCCAACCCGCCCUUCACCAAGUGGUACUGCGGCGGCGAGCUGUCGGUGUGCCACAACGCGGUGGACCGGCACGCGGCGGCGCGCGGCGACCAGGUGGCGCUGGUGCACGACUCCCCGCUCACCGACAAGGUGCGCCGCAUCACCUACAGCCAGCUGCUCGACCAGGUGUCGCGCAUCGCGGGCAAGCUGCUGGAGCUCGGGGCGUCGAGGGGCUCGCGCGUGCUCAUCUACAUGCCGCUCAUCCCCGAGGCCGUCAUCGCCAUGCUCGCCACCAACCGCAUCGGCGCCAUACACAGCGUCGUGUUCGGAGGGUUCGCGGCGCGUGAGUUGCGCACGCGCAUCGAGCACGCGGAGCCCGACAUCAUCAUCGCGGCGUCCUGCGGCGUCGAGCCCAACAAGAUCGUGCGGUACAAGGACAUCCUGGACGAGGCGCUGGCGCAGUGCGCGCACCAGCCGGCGGCGGUGGUGGUGUACCAGCGGCGCUGCGUGCUGGAGUCGCGCUUGGAGCCGGGCCGCGACGUGUGCUGGCUCGACGCGCUGCAGGCGCCGCCCGCGCCCUGCGUCAGCGUCGGCGCCAACGACCCGCUCUACAUACUCUACACCUCCGGCACGACGCAGGAGCCGAAGGGCGUGCAGCGCGCGGCGGCGCACGCGGCCACGCUGUGCUGGUCCAUGCACGCCGUGUACGGGCUGCGGCGCGGCGUGUGGUGGGCCGCCAGCGACCUGGGCUGGGUCGUGGGCCACAGCUACAUCUGCUACGGGCCGCUGCUGGCCGGCCUCACCACCGUGCUGUACGAGGGCAAGCCCGACCGCACGCCCGACCCCGGCCAGUACUUCAGGAUCAUCGAGCAGCACGGCGUGAACGCGCUGUUCUCGGUGCCGACCGCGUUCCGCGUUCUGAAACGCGCCGACCCGCAGGCCAAGUAUGCGCGCCGCUACUGCCUCACCUCCCUGCGCGCCGUGUUCAUGGCGGGCGAGCACUGCGACCAGGACACCAAGAACUGGGCAGAGCGCGUGUUCGGGGUGCCGGUGCUGAACCACUGGUGGCAGACGGAGUCGGGCUCGGCCAUCACGGCGGCGUGCCGCGGGCUGGGCGUGCGCGCGCCGCCGCCGCACUCGGCCGGCUACCCCGUGCCCGGAUACGACGUGCUGGCGCUGCGGGCGGACGGCUCGGAGUGCGCGGCGGGCGAGGUGGGCCGGCUGGUGUGCCGCCUGCCGCUGCCGCCCGGCUUCGCCUCCACGCUGUGGCAGGCCGACCAGCGCUUCGAGGACACCUACUUCAAGGCCUACCCCGGGUACUACGACACGCAGGACGCGGGCUGGGUGUCGGCGGAGCGCGCGGUGUGGGUGGUGGCGCGCGCGGAUGACGUCAUCAACGUGGCGGGGCACCGGCUGUCCACGGCGGCUCUGGAGGACGUGGUGCUGCGCCACGCCCGCGUCGCCGACGCCGUGGUCGUGGGCGCGCCCGACGCCACCAAGGGCGACGUGCCGCUCUGCCUCUACGUCAUGCGCCCGCCCAUGGACCACGAGGAGAUAAUCCCGGAGUCGACGGUGACGCAGGAGCUGAUCGCGCUGGUGCGGCACCUGAUCGGGCCCAUCGCGGCGUUCCGCAAGGCGGCGGCGGUGGCGGCGGUGCCGCGCACGCGCUCGGGCAAGGCGCUGCGCGGUGCCGUGGCCCGCCUGGCGCGCUCGCUGCCCGUCACGCUGCCCGCCACCAUCGAGGACGCCUCCGUGUUCGCCGAGAUCAAGCAGGCGCUGCAGCGGCUCGGGUACGCGCAGGACGCGCCCGACCCCACCUUCUAGACGCGGGGGGGGCGCGCGGGGGGAGGGGGGGGGGAAGUCCACCACUCGGGAUGUUUGUCGAUUAUAAAUACGGCACUAGAACAACAUUGCGAUAUUAUAGUUGGUAUGUGAUUAUGAUUAUGUUUCGUUUGGUUUUUAGUUUAGCAGUUAGCACGUAAUAGGCAAUACAAUUUCUUUGGAAUUUAUUGAUGCCGAACCGAUGGCAGUAAAGUUGUUCUCUUGUGAUGUGAUUUUGUAUUAAGUAGAUAAGUACUUAAAAGCAAAUCUGUACAUAGAUUUUGGAUAUAAUUAUGUUAUUUAGGUUAUUUAUAAAUAUUAUUUAUGAUGAUAAGACUCUACAGUGAAGCUUAGAAAAUUCACUGCAUCUGUGAAUUUACUUUCAUCAAAUAUGAAAAUACAUCGCAGUUCAAAUUUAAUGUGCUCCACUUAAUUUACUAUACAAGAGUGAAAAGAUAAGACAUGCACUAUAUAGGACUAUGGCUUUAUUUAAAAUAAAGAUGAUUAUGUUCGUGUCCUGGUCGGGGCAAGUUAACUACUUCAAAAAACUUUGAAUGCACUUUUGUUUCAGCUUAAAAAUAAAGCAAUGUUUCCUUCCUUGAAGAAGGUAGUUUUUCCGCGUACAUAGAUAUUUGCGUUGUUGUUGUUGCACUGUGUAUCAGGUAAUUGUACUACAAUUAAAUUCAACUACCUAGAAAUAAUUUGUUUACUUGUAAAUUACAUAGGAACUUCUAGACGCUUUGUUAGUGUAAAAAAUGGGUAUUUUCAUAUUUGAAUUUAGUAUCAAAUAAACGAGGAAGGAGGUCAUAAUUUUAAUAAAAAUAUUAUAAUUUAAAAGCUAUUUAUUAAUCAUUUUAUUAUAAUAGGUAUGGUCUAGAAGGUUUUCUCCAUAAAUAGGUAGUGUAUAUUACAUUAAAACCGUUAAUUAGUAAAUAAUAAUUAAGUGCAACGAGGCUUUUGGCAUAUUACAAAUAAGAAAAUAUAUAAAAAAACUAAAAAACAGGUAUCGUCUAUAAAUUAUGCUUUCUUUUAAAUAUAUGAGAAUGUGUACUUAAUGUAACUACAAUAUAAGUUAAUAAAGUUUUAUACUUAAU